GCGACGCCUCUCGCGAGAGCGGCGGGGCGGAAGCGGCGGGUCGGGGCGGCGGGGCCGGGGGGGGCGGCCCCGGUACCGGCCCCCCCCGAGGAUGCUGCGGCUGCGCUGCAAGGCCCGGAGCGGCUCCCACCCGCUGCCCGGCCUCACCGCGCACUCCCGCCUCCGCGACAUGCAGGCGGCCCUGGCCGCCCUCACCGGCGUCCCCGCCACGGCCCAGCGGCUGCUGCUCGGCUUCCCGCCGCGGAGCCUGGACCUGAGCGACGGCGACCGGCGGCUCGGAGACCUCGGCAUCCACUCGGGUGACACUCUGAUCGUUGAAGAGGACACGUCGAAACCCGAGGCAGACUCGCCCGUCGUGGCAAAAAGAGCCAUGUCCAACUCGGUGAGGGAAGCUGUGCCAGUGCUGGUGAGGAGGGUGGUUCCAGCAGACAACUCCUGUCUCUUCACCAGCGUGUACUACGUGGUGGAGGGGGGUGUUUAUGACCCGGGCUGCGCGCCGGAGAUGCGCAGCCUUAUCGCCCAGAUAGUAGCAAGUGAUCCCGAGUCCUACUGUGAGGCAGUUCUAGGGAAAACCAACAGGGAAUAUUGUGACUGGAUCAGGAAAGAAGAGACUUGGGGAGGAGCCAUCGAAGUGUCCAUUUUAUCCAAGUUCUACCAGUGUGAGAUCUGCGUGGUGGACACGCAGACCGUCAGGAUCGACCGCUUUGGGGAAGACGCUGGUUACACCAAGAGGGUCCUUCUCAUUUACGACGGGAUUCAUUACGAUCCCCUGGAGCGUAAAAUACCCGACUCGGACGUUCCUCCCCAGACCAUUUUCUCCACAGCUGAUGAUGUGGUCCUUGCCCAAGCCCUGGAGCUGGCAGACGAGGCCCGGCGCAAGCGGCAGUUCACCGACGUGAACCGCUUCACGCUGCGCUGCAUGGUGUGCCAGAAGGGACUGACCGGGCAGGGGGAAGCCAGAGAGCACGCCAAGGAGACUGGACACACCAACUUCGGAGAGGUUUGACACCUGCAUGAGGAUGGUUACAUCGACUACCUCACCCAUCCAGAAUACGAUUCUGGAAUUCCAGAUAAGCUGUAUGUAAUCAUCAAAAUUCCGUUCACUAAGCUUGAGAAGCGUUAUUAAUUAACCUAACAGCGGCCGAGACGCACAGGUUUGUCGUGGGUUGGGAGUAGGUUACCUUCUUGCAUGCAGAUCUCUAGUCCCUUUGGCAGGUGAAAUACACUGGCAGCUGAAACUUGACUUCUGAAAUCAUCUUCUCUUUCUUGACCUGAGCUGACAGACAAAACCAGGCUUGUUCCACCCUAGCGUGACAUCUAGCCUCCGAGUUGCUGAAUUAAUCUCUCUCUCUUAUGUUUUCAGGGUAAUUAAAUUAAUCUAAGGGUCUGGGAAACACAUGUAUUAGCAUUACUUAUACUAAAAAUUAGUCUCUGCACAUACAGGCAGUUGUUCCAGGGGAAACUGCUAAUUGGGUGCACAGUUUGUAAUGGAAAGAGAAGCUGCAAAGCUGCCCUGUGCUGUGGCAGGAAUAGACUGUAUUGUUUGUGUGAAGUCAUGGCUUUGGAGAAAGAAAUGGCCUCUCAGCUUUAAGGUGGCCAUCUUUAAAUUAAUGAGUAGAUGGUUAAGUGUUGAAUAAACUUACUAAUCCUCCGUAGGUAGCUUUUAGUUGCUUGAGAAAUAACUAUCAACCCCCUGGUGUUUACACUGCAUCAGAAGGUAGGCAUGUUUCUUGAAAUGCUUUGGAUUCUUCUUCAUAAUAGGAUCUGAAAUUAUGGCAAGAGGGAAAUACAUUAGGUAGGGAAGUGACUUCAUUUGCAUAUGUUAAAUACAUUUAAGCAGACUUUACUUGGGCAUAGCCCAUCUCAUGGCCACAGUGUUACUAAGAUUCCAAAUACUGUAAAUUAGCACUUUAAGGUAUAGUUCUCACUCUUUGCCCAUAAAAAGUGUUGCCCUUUGUAGGACAGAGUGCUAACCCAGAAGGGAGGCUGGAAGUUUCUUCAUCUGCAUUUCUGCCUUAACGGGUUUGAUUUGUCACCGGUGACUGUUCAGUAGCAAGACUUUAAUUCUGAUAAUGAAGGGUGCAGUUUAAUUUUCAGAACAAAAUAAGCUGCAUGAGCUGCCCUACUUCUCGUGCUGUUCAGAGUCAGGGAAGUUGAAAUGGGUUUAAUAGCUCUUACCUCACAGCAGGGUCUUAAGGCUUAACAGCAAGUGCUUUUGAGGUCUUUUAAAAGGUGCUGUAAAGGUGCAUAUUACUGAAGGGGAUUUUUUUUUUCUUUUUUUCUUGGAAAUGCCUGAAUUAAAAAAAAAUAUUCUUGCCUGCUAUUCCUCUGUUACUGUUUUGAGUUACCUUCCUUGCACUUUUACAAAUGGGAAGCAAGAACCUGCAUCUUCAGGCUGAGGCAGAAAUCAACCCACUUUCCAAGUGGAGCCUGAGAUGUAAAAGCCUCCAUUUGUUAAGGCAUCUGUUGAAAAUCCUGGAGCAGCCAGAACUUCUCUUCUCUAAAGAGCACGUUUCACUGAAGUUCUCAGCAGAGGCUCCCAGUUGGGCCCUGAAAUACAGGAGGGUCUUCUUGGAGAAGGAAGAUAAUUACAUAAGUGCUUUGCUGAAUUGAGACGUGAAUAAUUAAAUAUGAAGAAUAGAAUCACCAAGAGCACUAUGGACCAGGUUUCUUAUUAAUUCAGUAUUAAAAUACAGAUUAGCACUGUUGGGAGUUUCCCAUAGAAAGCCACUUAGCUUCCAGUGUUAAACCCCACUUUGCUUUUAGCUUGUCAUUAGGAAAAAACAACCCCAAACAAAACCCAACAUGAAACCAGCCCUCUAGAAGCUGAUGCUUAUAAACCUAAAGAAAUACCUUAGAGUUCAAAGGAACUUGAAGAUUACACUGUGUUCUAACUACUUGAGGUGAAAUACUGUCUCGGGAUGAGACCAAGGGACUGUCCAUCCAUAGGUGUGUUCUCAGCUUUCCCACUGGAGCAGGGAACUGCCCUGACAAGGAGCUGAUCCUCACCAGUUGCCAUCUGCAGAACAUCAUACCUACCUCAGAGGGUGCACGAGGUGACUGUCUUUGGGUGUCUUAGGAACAGAAGUGAAAGAUACAUAUUUAUUGUCUGCCAUGUUUGCAAAUGUAUUAAUUGAUUUUGGGGAGCAACACUUAGGUUUUAGCUUUGUAUCCUGAAUGGAUUUCUUAAAGUGUGUUAAAAUAUUAAUUUUAUUAAUUUUUUUUUUUGCUAUUUCUCAGUUGCAGUAUCUUUAAAAUUAGCUUUAUUUAAUCCAGAGUGCUUAGCUUUGCUAUUUCAUGUUUGCAUUGGGAAUCUGCUAAGAGAGAAACAGUUUCAUUUGAGGGAAGUGGGUCAAUAAUCACUGCUUGGAUGUUUUCUUUUGUUGCCUAGAAAAUAAAAAUCUCUUUGGCUAAAAACCUGAA